GGCCGGGGACUGGGGGGCGACGACCCCUAAGUGGGGGGGAAGACAAGGAGGAGGAGGCGGCGGCGGCGGAGCUGGCUUCAGGAUGAUGGAGGACGGCUUCUCCAGUUACAGCAGCCUCUAUGACACCUCCUCGCUCCUGCAGUUCUGCAACGAUGACAGUGCCUCUGCCGCUAGCAGCAUGGAGGUGACAGACCGUAUUGCUUCACUGGAGCAACGUGUUCAGAUACAAGAAGAUGACAUCCAGCUGCUCAAGUCUGCUCUGGCAGAUGUUGUUAGGCGCUUGAACAUUACUGAGGAGCAACAGGCCAUGCAGAACAAGAAAGGACCUACCAAAGCAAGACCCCUUGUACAAACACUGCCUUUAAAGACUACUGUUAAUAAUGGAACUGUUCUACCAAAGAAACCCAGUGGCUCUCUACCUUCUCCAUCAGGAACCAGAAAAGAAAUUGUGUCACCAGCAGCAAAAAGCAGGUCUGUGAGUCUUCUCAAUGCAUGCAAACUGAAAAAAACUGCUCUAAGCACUGUCAAAAGAACCAACUCAGCUGAGCGUGUAUCUCCUGGAGGCCGAAGGGAGAGCUAUGGAGAUUCCAAAAUCAGUCGCAAUCGAGCUGGAUCCACAAGCAGUUCAUCUAGUGGUAAAAAGAACAGUGAAAGCAAGCCUAAGGAACCAAUGUUCAGUGCAGAGGAAGGAUACGUUAAAAUGUUUCUGCGUGGACGCCCUGUUACCAUGUUCAUGCCCAAAGAUCAAGUGGAAUCUUACAGUCUGGAAGCAAAAGCAGAACUACCAGCCAAGAGGCUAAAACUGGAAUGGGUCUAUGGCUACAGGGGUCGGGACUGUCGUAGUAACCUGUACCUCCUUCCGACGGGUGAAACCGUGUAUUUCAUUGCGUCUGUUGUUGUGUUGUACAACGUUGAAGAGCAACUACAGCGGCAUUACACUGCUCACAAUGAUGAUGUCAAGUGCCUAGCUGUCCAUCCUGACAGGAUCACCAUAGCAACUGGUCAGGUUGCAGGAACAUCUAAGGAUGGGAAACAACUCCUGCCCCAUGUCCGCAUUUGGGACUCUGUUACUCUGAACACGCUGCAUGUCAUUGGAAUGGGGUUCUUUGACCGGGCUGUCACUUGCAUUGCAUUUUCCAAAUCGAAUGGAGGGAGUAACCUUUGUUCAGUGGAUGACUCCAAUGACCAUGUGCUUUCAGUGUGGGACUGGCAGAGAGAAGAAAAGCUAGCAGAUGUCAAGUGCUCUAACGAAGCCGUAUUUGCCGCUGAUUUUCACCCUACAGACACUAAUAUAAUAGUUACUUGUGGGAAAUCGCAUCUUUACUUUUGGACGCUUGAAGGGAGUUCUCUCAUUAAAAAGCAAGGCUUAUUUGAGAAACAAGAAAAGCCAAAAUUUGUUUUGUGUGUGACGUUUUCUGAAAACGGUGAUACAAUUACUGGAGACUCAAGUGGAAAUAUCUUAGUAUGGGGAAAAGGUACCAACAGAAUAAGCUCUGCAGUUCAAGGAGCCCACGAAGGUGGCAUUUUUGCACUUUGUAUGUUGCGAGACGGAACGCUUGUGUCUGGAGGUGGAAAAGACAGAAAGCUAAUAUCUUGGAACGGGAAUUACCAAAAACUUCACAAAACAGAGAUUCCAGAGCAAUUUGGGCCAAUCAGAACAAUAGCAGAAGGGAAAGGUGACGUUGUGUUAAUCGGCACCACUCGAAAUUUUGUUCUACAAGGUUCCCUCUCGGGAGACUUUUCUCCCAUUACCCAGGGUCAUACUGAUGAGCUUUGGGGACUAACAGCCCAUCCUUCCAAACCUCAGUUCUUCACUUGUGGGCAAGACAAACACAUUACACUCUGGGAUUCCAUCAGUCAUCGUCCGAUCUGGAACAAAAUUAUAGAGGAUCCAGCACAGUCUUCUGGUUUCCAUCCUUCAGGGUCCGUGGUUGCAGUAGGAACACUAACUGGAAGGUGGUUUGUGUUUGACACUGAAACAAAAGAUUUGGUCACCGUACAUACAGACGGAAAUGAACAGCUCUCCACAAUGCGUUACUCUCCAGAUGGCAACUUCUUGGCAAUAGGUUCUCAUGACAAUUGCAUUUAUAUAUACAGUGUUAAUGACAAUGGGAGGAAAUACAGUAGAAUUGGCAAAUGCUCAGGUCAUUCCAGCUUCAUUACUCACUUGGACUGGUCUGUUAAUUCUCAGUACCUUGUGUCUAAUUCAGGGGACUAUGAAAUCCUAUACUGGGUUCCGUCAGCUUGUAAACAAGUAGUAAGUGUUGAGACCACUAGAGAUAUAGAAUGGGUUACUUACACCUGUACUUUAGGAUUCCAUGUUUUUGGUGUGUGGCCAGAAGGUUCAGAUGGCACAGAUAUCAAUGCUGUCUGCCGCUCGCAGGGGAGGAAACUGUUAUCGACCGGUGAUGACUUUGGCAAAGUACACCUCUUCUCUUAUCCAUGUUCACAGUUUAGGGCUCCAAGUCAUGUGUAUGGUGGACACAGUAGUCAUGUAACCAACGUCGAUUUUCUAUAUGAAGAUACUCAUCUCAUUUCCACAGGUGGAAAAGAUACCAGUAUUAUGCAGUGGCGAGUCAUUUAGAGUAAACCUUGUACGAACAUACAUGUGUAACCAAGGACUGGCCGUGAACCGAAGUUCUGUACGCACUGUAUAUGUAAGAGUUAACAAAUGGUUGCCGUCUAGCCUAGUCACUGUGAUUUUUAAGUUUAAAAUCCUUACAAACCUCAGGAAAGCUAAGUUCUUGGCUGGCUGCCGUACUUAUUUCAGUAAUUCAUAAAGUAUCACUAAAAAAAACAACAACAGCAACACAUCAUUUCUGCUCUUUUUGUUGUACAACAUAUGAAGCAGUACAAGUCUAAAAUGAAGUAUUGACUUGGAUGCUUAUGCAAUAUAUAUGAACAGGACUUUUCUAUUAAAUAGUCACAAAAAAGCUUAUUGUAACAAUACAUAUAUGUGCUUCACAGUUUCAUUAUUUAUACUUUGUGCUGUAUAGCUGCGUAGUUAGAAUAUCUAUAGUCGGAAAAACUGAUGGCAUUCCCAUAGAUGGCAGCAGCAAAGAAUUUGUAUGGAAAGCUUACCCAAGCUCAACAAUGCAGAGUGAACGAGCCACUCAGCAUGGCUGUUCCAUGGUAGUCAUUUUAAUGGAACUUGCGUAAGUUCGUCAUAUGAAAUGAAACAGAUGUUUCACUCAGCAGUACUUUCUGGGUUUUCUGGCUCCCAUAGUAAAGAACUUAUUUAAAUAA